UUCGCCGUCUGAUGCGCUAGCAUCACUAAUACAGUUUGUGCGCAUUAUACUCUGUAAUUGGAAAACUACCUAAAAAGGACAGUCUGUUGUCAAGUUAAAAGUAACAGCAAAUACGAGUAUCGAAGUGAAGUGCCGGCAUUAUGAAUAGACUGCUCUUGGGGACACAACUACAACUCCUUACUCUCGCUUAUCUGUUAUCUGUGAUUCUGUGUUCGUGAAUUCCGUGACGUUUGAUUUUAUAAUUCCAGUUUCUAAAAUAAUAUUAUGCCAAAUAUAAAUUCUUUUUGAUUAAAUAAAUGGAUUUUAGUCGCUAAAUUAGUGUCAGGACUCUAAAAUGUCUGACUCGGAGGGGAGCAAUUACUCUGGAAAUGCUUCGGACGCUGGAAGUGUAGCGUCGAAUAGAUCCCGAAGAAGUGCCGUCUCGAAUCGCUCAGCAAGAUCACGUUCAAGCUCAAGAUCGAGGUCUAGGUCUCGAUCGGGAAGUCGGAGCCCUUCUCGUAGCCCUUCGCGGUCUAGAUCUCGCUCUAGAUCGCGCUCAAAGUCCCGAUCCAGGAGUAGAUCAGCUGGCUCUGAUGGGAGUCGCAACAGAGAUGAUGAAGCCAAAGAAGCAUCAGGGGAUGAAGAAGUUGAGGAUGAGCAAGAGCCAGAAGGUGAAGAUUUAGUAGAUUCUGAAGAGUAUGACGAAGAUGAAGAUGAAGAAAGGCGUCGCAAGAAACGCAAAAAGGACAGCCGCUAUGGUGGUUUCAUUAUUGAUGAAGCUGAGGUCGACGAUGAGGUUGACGAAGACGACGAAUGGGAAGAGGGUGCACAAGAAAUGGGCAUCGUUGGUAACGAGGUCGACGAAAUCGGACCUACUGCCCGCGAAAUUGAAGGACGCAGGAGAGGCACCAAUCUCUGGGACUCGCAGAAGGAAGAAGAAAUAGAAGAGUAUCUCAGAAACAAAUAUGCAGACGAAUCAGCUGCCCUCAGGCACUUUGGCGAAGGAGGCGAGGAGAUGUCUGACGAGAUAACGCAACAAACAUUGCUACCAGGAAUCAAAGACCCUAAUUUAUGGAUGAUUAAAUGCCGCAUAGGGGAAGAAAAAGCUACAGUUCUCCUACUCAUGAGAAAGUUCAUAGCUUAUCAGUUCUCUGAAGAGCCAUUCCUAAUCAAAUCUGUAGUGGCACCAGAAGGUGUUAAGGGGUAUAUCUACAUUGAAGCAUACAAACAGACUCAUGUUAAGAAUAUAAUAAACAAUGUAGGAUCUCUGAAAAUGGGUGUUUGGAAGCAAGAGAUGGUCCCUAUUAAAGAAAUGACAGAUGUUUUGCGAGUUGUCAAAGAACAAUCUGGUUUGAAACCAAAACAAUGGGUCAGGCUAAAGAGAGGCUUGUACAAAGAUGACAUAGCUCAAGUAGAUUACGUAGAUUUGGCUCAAAAUCAGGUUCAUCUUAAAUUGCUUCCUAGAAUCGAUUAUACUCGGCUGAGAGGCGCCCUAAGGACAGUGCAAAGUGAAAGUGAAGCUGCUAAAAGGAAGAAGAAAAGACGGCCUCCAGCAAAGCCAUUUGAUCCAGAAGCCAUACGCGCUAUCGGUGGAGAGGUGACCUCAGAUGGUGACUUCCUUAUAUUUGAGGGUAAUAGAUAUUCAAGAAAAGGUUUCUUGUAUAAAAACUUCACUAUGUCCGCCAUCUUGGCGGAGGGGGUGAAACCAACAUUGACAGAGUUAGAAAGGUUUGAGGAACAACCUGAAGGUAUAGAUAUAGAACUCGCAGCACCCGCCAAAGACGACCCGACUAGCCUUCACUCAUUUUCAAUGGGAGACAACGUCGAAGUUUGCUCCGGUGAUUUGGCGAAUCUGCAGGCCAGAAUUAUUGCCAUCGACGGCUCCAUGAUUACUGUGAUGCCCAAACACGAUGCUUUGAAAGAUCCGCUUGUGUUCAAACCGAACGAAUUGAGGAAAUACUUCAAACAGGGCGACCAUGUGAAAGUGCUGGCCGGCCGUUACGAAGGCGACACAGGUCUAAUUGUCCGCGUAGAACCGCAACGUGUCGUUCUAGUUUCCGAUCUAACUAUGCACGAGCUCGAAGUUCUUCCGAGAGAUUUGCAACUCUGCUCCGACAUGGCGACCGGUGUAGACUCCCUCGGUCAAUUCCAAUGGGGCGACAUGGUCCAACUCGACCCGCAGACCGUCGGCGUCAUCGUCCGCCUCGAGAAGGAGAACUUUCACGUGCUCGGCAUGCAGGGAAAAGUGAUCGAAUGCAAACCGCAGGCGCUGCAGAAGCGGCGGGAGAACAGAUUCACGAAGGCCCUCGACUCCGAGGAGAACACGAUACAGAAGCGCGACAUCGUCAAAGUUAUCGACGGACCGCACGCCGGCCGCAACGGCGAGAUCAAACAUCUAUACAGGAAUUUCGCGUUCCUGCAAUCGCGGAUGUAUCUCGACAACGGGGGCGUUUUCGUAUGUAAAACUCGCCAUCUGCAGCUCGCCGGCGGCAACCGGGGCGUCGGAGCCGGAAACGGCCCCGGGCUCGGAUUCAUGUCGCCGCGCAUACAGUCGCCCGCGCACCCCGCCGGCCGCGGCGGCGCCACGCCUCGAGGCAGGGGCGCCGGGCGCGGCGGGGCCUCCCGAGACCGCGAGCUCAUCGGCCAGACGAUCAAGAUCACCGGCGGCCCGUACAAGGGCAACGUCGGCAUCAUCAAGGACGCCACCGGCAGCACGGCCCGCGUCGAGCUGCACUCCACCUGUCAGACGAUAUCGGUGGACCGCGGGCACAUCGCGGGCGCGGGCGGCGGCGCCGGCGCUCCAGGAGGCGGCACAUCGUUCCGCACGCCCGGCCGCACGCCCGCCAUACACGGCGCGCAGACGCCCACGUACCGCGACACGGGCGCCAAGACGCCCAUGCACGGCUCCCAGACGCCCAUCUACGACGCGGGCGGGCGCACGCCGCACUACGGCUCGGCGACGCCCUCGCACGACGGCGGCCGCACGCCGGCGCACGGCGCGUGGGACCCGACCGCGGCGAACACGCCCGCGCGGCCCGAUUUCGACUACGGGCUGGACGACUCGCCGGGGCCGGGCUACGAGCCGCCCGCGAGCUACUCCCAAGCGGGCGGGCCGUUCACGCCGCAGACGCCGGGCACGAUGUACGGGUCGGACCACACGUACAGCCCGUACCAGCCGAGCCCGGCGACGUACCUGGGCACGCCGAGCCCGGUGGGGUACUCGCCGCGGUCGCCGUUCGAGGGCGGCGGCGAGGCGGCGGCGGAGUGGCACACGCCGGACGUGGAGGUGCGGGUGCGGGCCCACGAGGACGCGGCGCUGGCGGGCCAGGCGGGCGUGCUGCGCGGCCUGUCCGCCGGCAUGUGCACCGUGUACCUGCCGCUCGAGGACCGCGUCGUCAACGUGCUCGCCGACCUGCUGGAGCCCGUCGUGCCGCAGAGCGGGGACAAGGUCAAGGUCAUCGCCGGCGAGGACCGCGAGGCGGUCGGCCAACUCAUCUCGAUAGAGAACCAGGAGGGCGUCGUCAAGUUCGGCACCGACGACAUCAAGAUCAUGCAGUUGCGACACCUCUGCAAGAUGAGCUCGGUGUGAGCGAGACCUACCUGAUGAUGUUUAAAAGAGAAAACGACAACUCUUUGGAUCUCCCGGUUUUGGAAAUUAUUAUUUUAAUUGCGUCUGAUACUCUAGCUUUGUGCUAUAACGAACUGAUAGAUGAAUUGCAACAUGCAGAUUCUUUUAUGUAAGCGAAACUAGUGUAUAGUCCAUUCUGCUACUGUUACAUAGAGUAUUUUUAAUACUGUAUUUAUAUUCAAACAUUAGUUAUUGUAGUAAUAUAUGUUAUUAACGGGAUUUAUACCAUGUACCUUGUUUUUAGCAAGUUUCAGUUACUCCGUGAUCAUGGCGCAUGCAACAG